AUGGAGCAAUCAGGAAUAUAUGAUUUAGAUUCGAUGUGCAGUGGGCAACACAGUGGAGCCUUGGCUGCGUUGCGCCUUCUUCGGAGUUACAACCAAUUCGUUGUGCCACCUGAUGGUCAUCCCAUGGUACCACUGCUAGCAGCCUUACCAUCUCCGCCAUGUCUGCCAUCAUAUUGUCACUUGCCCAUAAGACCUUCCCUUGUGCCCAAUCCCCAAAUCCUCUGCGAGAGUGAGAGGCGUCGUGGUGAGAAAAGACCAAUACCAGCUGAACUUAAAGAUGAUAAAUACUUUGAGAGGCGAAGACGGAACAACCAAGCAGCCAAGAAGUCGAGGGAUGCGAGACGAAUCAGGGAAGAUCAGGUAUAUAUCAUGGCAUCUAACCCGGCAAGAUUACAAAUAGCGUGGAGAGCCUGUCUUUUAGAACAAGAAAAUGCUUCCCUCCGAGCACAUGUAGCUGCAUUAAGACAAGAAACUAUCGCUCUUAGGACCCUACUCGCAACUCGAGAUGAGGCACCCGUUCCUUCUUCUACCACAGAUUAA